GCGCGGCUCUGGCGGGAAAAGGCGGCGUGGCCGGAGCGGGGCCGGGAGCGGGGGUGGGAUCGCGGGCCCGGAGCGGGGCCGGGGCCGCGGCUGGGCAUGGCCGUGCCCUUCGUGGAGGACUGGGACCUGGUGCAGACGCUGGGCGAAGGCGCCUACGGGGAGGUGCAGCUGGCCGUGAACCGCCGCACGGAGGAGGCCGUGGCCGUGAAGAUCGUGGACAUGAAGCGCGCGGCCGAGUGCCCGGAGAACAUCAAGAAGGAAAUCUGCAUCAACAAGAUGCUGAGCCACGAGAACGUCGUGCGCUUCUACGGGCACCGGCGGGAAGGGGCCACGCAGUACCUGUUCCUGGAGUACUGCCGCGGCGGGGAGCUCUUCGACCGCAUCGAGCCAGAUGUCGGGAUGCCGGAGCCGGAGGCGCAGCGGUUCUUCCAGCAGCUGAUCGCCGGCGUGGUGUACCUGCACAGCAUCGGCAUCACCCACCGCGACCUGAAGCCGGAGAACCUGCUGCUGGAUGACCGAGACAACCUGAAGAUCUCGGACUUCGGCCUGGCCACGGUGUUCCGGCACAACGGGCGGGAGCGGCUCCUGAACAAGAUGUGUGGGACACUCCCCUACGUGGCCCCGGAGCUGCUGCGGCGCCCGGAAUUCCGAGCGGAGCCCGUGGAUGUCUGGGCCUGUGGCGUCGUGCUGACAGCCAUGCUGGCUGGAGAGCUGCCCUGGGACCAGCCCAGCGACAGCUGCCAGGAAUACAGCGACUGGAAGGACAGGAAAACCUACCUCCCACCUUGGAAGAAGAUCGAUUCGGCCCCCUUGGCACUGCUGCACAAGAUCCUGACGGAGAGCCCCUCGGCGAGGAUCACCAUUCCCGACAUCCAGAAGGACCGGUGGUACAGCAGACCCCUCAAGAAGGAUGUCAAGCGGGCCCGGCUCUCCUCGGGAGGGGUCACCGACUCCCCCGGCGGCUUCUCCAAGCACAUCCGAUCCAGUAUGGACUUUUCCCCGGUGAAGGCCGCUCUAGGCGAGGACAAGGCGAGGUACUCCACGUCGCAGCCGGAGCCGGGCACGGGCGGGAUGCCCUGGGAGAGCGGAGCGGGGAGCAUCGACCAGCUGGUGCAGGGCAUCAGCUUCUCACAGCCCGCCUGCCCCGAGCACAUGCUGGUCAACAGCCAACUCCUGGGCACACCCGGCUCCUCCCAGAGCCCGUGGCAGCGGCUGGUGAAGCGGAUGACGCGGUUCUUCACCAAGCUGGACGCCGACGGCUCGUACCGGGCGCUGAAGGAGGUGUGUGAGAAGAUGAGCUACGGCUGCAAGAUGAGCUGCACCAACCAGGUCACCAUCUCGACCACGGACAGGAGGAACAACAAACUCAUCUUCAAGGUGAACCUGGUGGAGAUGGAGAGCAAGAUUUUGGUGGACUUUCGCCUCUCCAAGGGCGAUGGCCUGGAGUUCAAGAGGCAUUUCCUGAAGAUCAAGGCCAAGCUCAGCGACAUUGUCAGCACCCAGAAAGUCUGGCUGCCUGGCACCUGAGCCCCUCUUCCUGACACCUCCUCCUCCUCUUCCUCCUCCUCCUCCUCCUCCUCUUCUUCCUGGCUGGGCUUCAGCGGCAGCACCCAAACGCCAUGAAGGUGCCCAGCCACGUAUUUUAGAUUUUGAAGGUUCAAUAAAGCCCGGGGGGACAGGGA